GACACCCUGGUCCAGGAGGGGGCCGUGAAACCCGCCCCACCCCCCAACCACCUGGGAAAAGGAAGCUGAAAAAGGGGAAGCAGCAACAGCCACUACACUUCCUUUGCAUCUCGCUCUCAGGACACGCAGAAAGCAGCUCUGCGAGGGAACACAGCCACAGGCUAACAAUAACCCAGAGGGUCCGGCUGCGGCCAUCAUGGGUUCUGUGAAUUCCAGAGGUCACAAGGCCCAGGUGGUGAUGCUGGGCCUCAACUCCGCGGGCAAGACCAUGCUCCUGUACAAACUGAAGGGCCACUCGCUCGUGGAGACCCUGCCCACUAUCGGUUUCAACGUGGAGCCUCUGGAAGCCCCUGGGCACAUGCUGCUGACGUUCUGGGAUGUCGGGGGGCAGACCCAGCUCAGGGCCAGCUGGAAGGACCACCUGGAGGGCACGGACGUCCUCGUGUAUGUGCUGGACAGCACGGACGAAGCCCGCUUGCCCGAGGCGGUGGCUGAGCUCACGGAAGUCCUGAGCGACCCCAACAUGGCUGGCGUCCCCUUCUUGGUGCUGGCCAACAAGCAGGAGGCGCCCGAAGCUCUUUCGCUGCGUGAAAUCAGGAACAGGCUGGGCCUGGAGCGCUUCCAGGGCCGCCGCUGGGAGCUGCGGGCCUGCAGCGCGCUCACGGGCGAGGGGCUGCCCGAGGCCCUGCAGAGCCUGCGGCGCCUCCUGACGGCCCGCGGCCACCGGUGUCUCCAGGUGACAGCCGCGGGGGCUGAGAGCUGCGCCAGCCAGAAAUCCUGAGCCCCAUGCAGCAGCUUAUCUUUGCUCCUCCCAACCCAACCGCAAGAACCAACUGAUCCUUGAGAAAUUUAAGCUCGGUUUAUCAAACAAGAAAUCCUUCUGUUCUCGGACAGGAUAUUUUCUUCCAGGGACUUAUCCUCCACGGCGUUCAUGUUGCAAAUCAGCUAUUGCUUGAAUAAUGCUACUGUAAGAAAAAAGCCCACCAGGACACCAUUUAAGUGCUCAUUCCCAGUGGGGAUGGAGCAACUGUAAUAAUAGGGCAGUGAGUGGUUACAUGAUAAUUGAGACCCGAAUUCACAGAGGGCAAGAGGUUCUAAAAUCAAAUCAGAAUUUCAUCUUGGUCAGGGCCUGAUUAGCCCUUCUCCACCCUUUGGCAUCCUGUGUUGGUCUUUUUAAAAAACCCUUCAUUUUCUUUCAUUUUUUUUCCUUUUCUUUUUCCUUCUCAUAGCACAUCUCUUUCCUUAAAGAUCAGAUCAAUGAAUUAUUUCAUUUACUCAUUCAUUUAACCAAAGAAUAUGCAGAGUGUUUAAUUUGUGGCAAAGGCACUGAACUUUCAGGUAAGAUGGAGGCGCUUCAGAUGGGGGCGAUGAAUUCUGAAGAUGCUGACGGCAGCAAUCCAUGCCUCCUCUCUCAUGACUGACAGUCAAAAGGGAAGUUGAACGUAGCAUCCCAGAAGGGCUUUCAGGAGAUUUUUUACCCAGGAUCCAUGGAGCUCCUGAAGUUAUUUGCAAAAUGUUAUGUUUUGGGCCAUUUUUCUAGGGAUCAGAAGAUCCAGGACUUUUAUCAGACUUUCAAAGACAUCUGUGAGUCCCAAAAGUUAAGAAUCGCUGAUCUGGUUUUAACCCUCAUCCAAUGCUGAAUACUUACUGCAACCUGA